UUGCAAAAGAAGAAGCAAAAUCGGUGAAGUAAGUUUCACGUCUAUGUUAAAUAUUUCUUGAAGACUUCCCUUUUUGAACACCUAUGAAGUGAUACUAGGCGUGUUGAUAAAUUUUGUGUUCAGUGGCUCACUGAGGGCACCUUGCAAUCGUACUGGAAUUACAGGAUUGUACCACUGCAUUCCGCUUUCCUAAUUUUUUGUGUGUGAUGUUACAUAUUUCUUAUUUUACUUUUCUCUAGUCUUCUUUGUCGUCUCAGGAGUUGGUGGUAAAUAUAUUUAGUUCGUCAGUUGGAGGGGCACACCUGAGAAGGAUGUCUCGGGCUGUUCGUCUUUCAGUCCCUUGUCCUGUUCGGCUUGGUACCUUAAGGAAUGACUCCUUGGAAGCUCAACUUCAUGAGUAUGUCAAACAAGGCAACUAUGUGAAAGUAAAGAAAAUUCUCAAGAAAGGAAUUUAUGUUGAUGCAGUUAAUUCCCUGGGGCAGACAGCGCUUUUUGUGGCCGCCUUAUUGGGCCUUACAAAAUUCGUUGAUAUUCUGGUGGAUUAUGGAUCGGAUCCAAAUCACCGCUGCUUUGAUGGCAGCACCCCUGUCCAUGCAGCAGCAUUUUCAGGCAGUCAGUGGAUCCUCAGUAAAUUACUGGAUGCAGGGGGUGACCUGCGGCUUCAUGAUGAGAAGGGUCAAAAUCCACAGACCUGGGCCUUGGCAGCAGGGAAGGAUCGCAGCACUCCGAUGGUGGAGUUCAUGCAGCGCUGCACCUCGCACAUGCAGGCCAUCAUGCAGGGUUUCUCUUAUGACCUCCUAAAGAAGAUAGACUCCCCUCAGCGGCUCAUCUGCAACCCACCCAGCCUUGCGGGCUUCUUGCAAGGAAGUCCUAAUGGCUCUCCUAACCAACCUCUUAAAGCUGGAGUCAUUUCUACCCAAAAUAUCUACAGCUUUGGAUUUGGGAAGUUUUAUCUCACAGGAGGGACACAGCUUGCUUAUCUAGGCUCUCUUCCAAUAAUUGGAGAAAAGGAAGUGAUUCAAGCUGAUGAUGAGCCCACUUUCUCUUUCAUCAGUGGGCCUCACAUGGUCAUGACCAACCUUGUGUGGAAUGGGAGUAGAGUCACAGUGAAGAGCCUGAAUCUCCCCACUCACAGCAGCAGGCUGAGGCUGGCUGACUUACUGAUUGCUGAGCAGGAGCACAGCAGCAAGCUUCGGCAUCCCCACCUACUACAACUGAUGGCUGUGUGCCUGUCCCAGGACCUGGAGAAGACGCGACUUGUGUAUGAGCGCAUCACCAUUGGCACACUAUUCAGUGUCCUCCAUGAACGACGGUCUGAGUUCCCUGUGCUGCACAUGGAGGUGAUGGUGCACUUACUGCUGCAGAUUGCUGAUGCCCUGAGAUACCUGCAUUCCCGGGGGUUUGUCCACCGCUCCCUCAGCUCUUAUGCUGUCCACAUCGUGUGUGCAGGGGAAGCAAGGCUGACCAACCUGGAGUACAUGUUGGAAAGCCAGGGCAGUGGUAGACACAGGGACCUGCAUCAAGUUCCCCUCCCCACGGAGCUGUACAACUGGGCCUCGCCAGAAGUGAUCUUUCAGAAGGCAGCCACGGUGAAGUCGGACAUCUACAGCUUUUCCAUGAUCAUACAAGAGAUUUUAACAGACAGUGUACCCUGGAAUGACUUAGACGGCUCAGUUAUUAAAGAAGCCAUCCUCUUAGGAAAUUAUUUAGAUGCUGAUGUCAGGCUUCCAAAACCUUACUAUGAUGUUGUUAAGUCAGGCAUCCAAGUCAAACAGAAAGACCGAACCAUGAAUCUUCAAGAUAUCCAGUAUAUUCUGAAGAAUGACCUAAAGGAGAACAUUGGAGCACAGAGAACUCAGCCAGUGGAGAGCCCCAGGGUGCAGAGAUGUGAACCCUAUCCUGAUGUCAGUGUCUAUCUAGGACUGACUUCAGAACAUCCAAAGGCCAGUGCAGACUUGGAAAUCAAAGAACUAAAGGAAUCAGGCAGUCAGCCCCAUUCACCAAGGGGCCACUCUUCUCCCACUGCAAAAGCAGCAUUAGCUCCUCAGGCCCCAGAUCCACAUCUGAAGGCCCAAGUGUCUCAGAAUCCAGAUGCUCCUCCUCCUUCUGCUCCAUUUGUGGCAGAAACCAAGAGCCCCAGUGCUGGUCAAGACGGUCUCCACAGCUUCGAAAUCAAUGAAAUCUACUCAGGCUGCUUGAAUGUAGGAGAUGACCCAGAGGAAGAAUGCCCAGGUGGUACUUCAGCUCGUGAGGGUGGUAAACCAAACCAGGCAGAUGAACUGCCAUCCCUAGAAGAAGAGUUGGAUAAGAUGGAGGAAGAGGCACACCUUUGUGAUGAGGAUGAGAGCUCCUCAGAAGCUGACACAGAGAUCUUCUUUGGGGACUGGGACUGGCAAAAUAGUUCACUUAGUUUACUCAGCCUGCCUGAGCCAACCAAAGAAGCCAAGGGCAAGGUGAGCAGCUGGUCCAAGACUGAGGAGUACAUCAGUAAAUGUGUGCUGAAUCUAAAGAUUUCCCAGACAAUGGCUCAUGAGAUUACAGAUUUGGUGGGGAAUAUUGAGCAGAAGUUAGAUAAGGUUGAGUUGAUACAGAAGAAGCACAUAUCUUUGUGGACUGCUUCAAGAUUAUUUCCAGAUGUCUGUGACUUACCUAGAGCAGUGGGCCCUCCAACUUUAAAUUACAUUCAUCCUGUUAUGCAGGUGUCAGGGGGCCCCCAGCCAGAUACUAAUGGCAGUUGCCCAACCCUGCCAAGGUCCCCAAGAACAAUGAAAGAAUUUCAAGGGGGACAUUUUGGCAAAAAGCUCAAGAGACAAAGCAGCAGUGGCUGGAAACCUUUCACCCAAGUCUCUGAAGAAAACACCAAGGACCAGCCAGAGGGACGUCAUCAGCUGUCAACUCUUUGUGAUCCUGGAAAACAGGACACAGGUGAACCAUUUCAGGCUACUCAAGGAGCCAAGGACUGUUUGGAAAAGAAGAAGAACCAAGAUAGUAGCCAGGAAAGAUCUAGGGAGUCCAGUACCCAAGACAAAGUCGUGGAGCUAAAGAGUGUGAAAGAAACGGCUGAGAAGGCAGCUAGUGGAGAGCUCCCGGUCCUUCCUUGGCAUCCUCAGAGCAGUUCGACUUCGAAGAGUGAGGCUGUACACGGGUCUAGGCCCUUGUUGCAGCCCCCUGCUAGGGGCCCUAAAAAUAUGGACUGGCAGAGAACUGUGGAGUUUCACAGAGAGAAGGAAGAGCCAGGAGGAAAUGAUGUCAAAUGGGGGAAAAUGGACAACUGUGACCAUGACGGUGAGAAAUGUGGCAGGCAGCCUGGGCCACAGAGCUUCACCAGUAUCAGGCAUCUUUCAUCCAGGAAAAAUGAGCAGCCAGAGCCUAGUGAAGCCUUUCAAGCAAGUUCUGACAUGUCUGUGACCACUGAGAAAUCUUACAAUGAUCAGGCCACACUAUCAUCAUGUUCACCAGAAUCUUCUGAGGACAGAACAGAUGAAUUUUUAACUCCAGAUCAUGAAUAUUUUUAUUCCUUGGCUGCUCAAGAAAACUUACCUCUAGAGACCUCAAGUCCUAUAGAAGAGAACAUUGAAGGAAUAGAAGGUGCAUUUGCCCAACCACAAGGCUAUGGUGAGGAAAAGUUCCAAAUGAAACAAAUUCUUGGAAAGAACACUGAGAUGUUCACCAGGUCCCAAUCUUUACAAAGUACUGAAUGUGAACAAGAAGCUUUAAAGGAGCCACUAAAGGAACUGAAAGAAAAAGACAUAUCAUUGACAGACAUUCAAAAUCUGUCUAGUAUCUCCUAUGAACCAGAUGGCUUUUUUAAGGAAACCUCAUGUGAAACACCCAAAGUAAGCCACACACCUACUAGUGUCAGCACUCCGCUCGGCCCAGAAUUAGUGGAAGCCAUCUCACAGCAGCAAAUUGAGGAACUACCGGCACCAUCUCAGGAGCUGCUUGAAGAAAUCGAGCAACUGAAGCAGCAGCAGGCCUCAUCCAUGGUGUUGCAUGGGAACACAGCACAUCAUCCCAGCGUCACUGCAGAUGAUCCAAAGCAUUUGGAAGAACAAGAAACUGACAGUAAUAAAGAAGACAGCAGUUUGCUUUGGACCAGAGAAUUGCAGGAUCUAGGAGAGGACAUAGAAAGAGCUCACUCUACUCUUGAUGAAGACUUGGAAAGAUGGCUACAGCCACCUGAAGAGAAGAACAUAGAGCUACAGGACCUCUGCAAAGUCUUUAAAAGGGACGCAGAAACCAAGGAUCAAGACUUUGGUGAAAAGAGGACCAAAAGGAAAGAAAGCAUCAAGCCAGAGAUAAGGAAAUCAGAGAACUUUUUAGGGAUUUGUGACGAAGAUGAACUAAAACCUUGUUUUUGGAAGCGACGGGGUUGGUCUGAACCAUCAAGGAUAAUCGUGCUGGAUCAGAGUGACUUGUCAGACUGACUGGAACUGGAUCAUAGAUGGAUUCCAGCCUGAUUUUGAGCAUCCUGGUUGUGAGCUCCUUUCUUCUCUCAUCUGCUUCAGUUGCCAUCAGGGCAGCAGUUCAAGUUCCGUAUCUCACACUUUGUUCAGCUGCUAUAGUAGUCAUGGUGGUUUGACUCUGUCUAUAGGCAGCAUGUUUAACCAUUUGUUUCCGAUCAGAUUCCUGAAAAGUGCAAGGUAGUUGCAAUUUCAAAAUUUUUUCAUUGUGCCCAGAAUGGCUUUUGGUUUUGUGAUGUAAAUUUUUGAAAACUUCUGUUAUAUAAUAAAAUGUUUAUUUUACUACCAUUCACUUUCAGCUAUGUAAG